CAUUAUCAUAUUGACACAAUCACACCACUUCAUUCAUAGAGAAAAGGAAAACCCAUCUCUGCAUCUCUACAAUCUCCACAGUUUUGACAGAGGUAGGCCAUCCAAAAAGAAAGAAAACCGAGUACAGAACCCUCUGUGAGAAAACCCAAAAAUUAACCCAUCUAACUUUCCUCAUUUCUUAUCAAAACCCAACUCCUCAAUCCAUCAAAAAUCCCUCUGAAAGAAAACCCGCCAUGCUUUGAGCUAAUCCUCCUGCAGAUGGGUUUAAUCAGAAAUCCCUUUUGCUUCCUCUCCUUCACUCUCUUCUUCUUUGCAGGUUUUGGGUUCCUUCCAUCUGUGAAAUCCGCCACAGAUAACUACAAUUUAGUUUACAAGGGUUGUGCAAGUCAAUCAUUCUCGGAUUCCAGUUACUCUCAAGCCCUUUCUUCGCUUUUCGCUUCUCUUACCGCUCAGGCCUCCCUGAAAGCUUUCUACAAAACAAGCACAGGUGGAGGCCAAGCAACCAUUUCUGGUCUGUUUCAAUGCAGGGGAGAUCUCAGUAAUAGGGAAUGCUACAGAUGCGUGAGCAAGCUCCCUGACAUGACGAGGCGCCUGUGCGGAAAUUCCGUGGCUGCGAGGGUUCAGCUCUAUGGUUGCUACAUCCACUAUCAGAUCUCUGGGUUUCCUGAUAUUUCUGGGGUGGAGAUGCUUUAUAAGACAUGUGGUACUUCACAGGCUUCAGGGAAUGGAUUUGAGAUGAGGAGAGACACGGCAUUUUCUGUGCUCGAAAGUGGUAUUGCGAGCAGUAAAGGGUUUUACACAACGAGUUAUCAAUCGGUGUAUAUGUUGGCUCAGUGUGAAGGGGAUUUGGGAACUUCAGAUUGUGGACAAUGCGUGCAAACUGCUGUGCAGAAGGCUCAGGUUGAAUGUGGAAGCGCCAUCUCUGGCCAAGUUUAUCUUCACAGGUGCUUUAUUAGCUAUUCUUACUACCCAAAUGGGAUCACAAGGAAAUCUUCUUCAGGUAUAGGGCAAAAUGCAGGGAAGACUGUAGCAAUUGUUGUGGGAGGGGCAGCAGCUUUGGGAUUUGUAGUAAUAUGCUUGAUGUUCAUUAGAUCUUUGCUGAAGAAACGUGAAGAUUAUUGAGAAGAAGAGAUUGGAUUUUGAAGAUGGUAAUUUUUUUUUGUUAUUUCUCCUUGUCAAAAAUGAAAUUUUUAGUGAAAGAGGAUUGUAAUGAGAAAGAGGAGAGAGAGAGAAAGAUGGGUAAACACCAGAGGAUUUUCUUUUUGCUAUGUAGUUAGGGACAAAUUUGUUGGGAAGAGAAGCAUUUAGGGAUAGGGUUAAGUUGGCUGUGAAGGGAAGAAUGGAUGUGUUUGUCUUCUUGAAUGGAUGGGGACUUGGGUGACGAUGGGAAAAGGAGAGAAGGGGUUUUGGCUUUAUUUUCCCCUCUCAUUGCCAUGUAGCUCUGUCUCUUUUCCUCUUUUCCUCUUUUCCUCUUUUCCUCUUUUCCCUUCUGAAUAAUGCUUCUCCCUUUCCCUUGGCAACCUCCUGUUGCUCACUCUCUCACUCUCUCACUCUCUCACAUGCACUCUCUCACUCUCUCACUCUCUCACUCUCUCACAUGCAUAUAUCACUCAAAUACAUUCAUGUAAAUGUGAUACUGAUGGGAUUUGAUAUACCUUUUUAUGUACAAGGCAACAAAAUUGGAUUUCUUUUGCUUUGUACCAAGAUUAGUUGAUUUUUUCUUUUUUGGUAAA